AUGGCGGAACCCCUUAUUCCCUUCCCUGGCCCUCUGCUGCCCGUCAUCUGUGGCGGCCAUUCUCGCCCCGUGCCGGCCUUCCACUUCAGCCCCACCCCCGAUGGCGUCUUCAUCUCGAGCGGAUGUCUCGAUGGAAAUGCGAUGCUGCGUCAGGACACUGGAGACUGGAUCGGUACCUUCCUCGGCCACAAGGGUGCCGUGUGGAGCGCCCGCUUGGACCAGCAGGCCAACCACAUCGUCACCGCCUCCGCCGACUACAACGUUAAGGUGUGGAGCGCGCUGAACGGCGACGAGCUGCACAACUUCGAACACAAGAGGAUCGUCCGCUCGGCCGACUUCGCUCCCGAGGGCGCGCGGCUGGCGACGGGCGGCCAGGAGAAGCUGGUGAAGAUCUACGACCUGGCGCAGCUGGCCGAGCUCAACGCGCUCGCCGGCCACACCGACACCAUCAAGGAGGUGGUCUGGACCUCCGAGCACACCCUCAUCAGCGCGGGAGACAACAUCCGGAUGUGGGAUCUGCGCGUGGGCGAGAAGGGCGGGGAGGUGAAGCAGCUCUCGGUUAACGGACCCGUCGUCUCGAUGGAGCUCUCCCUCGACGGCAAGCACCUCACCGCCGUCUCCGGCAAGACGGUCCACUUCUUCGACCGCAACUCGUGGGAGGUGGUGAAGACGCACACGUCGUCGUGCGAGCUGGCGUCGGCGUCGCUGCGCGGAGCGGGCGACGACUGCCCCACCCCCGUUUUUGUCACCGGCGGCACCGAUUUCUGGGUCCACCUCUGGGACUUUGAGACCGACAAGGAAUUGGGCGUGUACAAGGGUCACCACGGUCCGGUGCACUGCGUGAGGUGGCAUCCGACGUACAAGUACUUUGCGUCGAGUUCGGACGACGGCACGAUCCGACUGUGGAUGAAGGAGCCCGUCGUGCGAGAGCUCGAGGAGCUGCAGGACCGACAGCGGGAGGAGAAGCGGAAGGAGGACGAAAAGAAGAAGAAGGAGGACGAGAAGAAGAAGGAGGAAGAGAAGAAGAAGAAGGAGAUCGCCAAGAACAACAAGAAGGCCAAGAAGAAGGCCAAGCAGCAGCAGGCCCAGCUCCUGCUCCUCCAGCAGCAGCAGGAGCAGCUGCAGCACCAGGCGGCGGCCCAGGCGACCGAGGCCGACGGCGCCCAGCCCGCCGCCGCUGCGACCACGGAGGCGGCGGCCGAUGGCGCGGCCACGGAGGCGGUGAGCGGCAGCGAGGAGGAGACCCAGUUCCCGAUCGACGACGCGACCUCGUUCCCCGACGCUGGCGCGGCCACCGGCGAGGACAACGCCGCGGCUCAGUAG